GACCCUGCUCUCUGAUUCUAGGCUGCCUUUUGGUCUCUUACUCUGUAGGAAUGCUGGGUGUCUCCCGUCUUGGCCAGAGUGUUAGAAGGUUCGCCCCGACGACUUUGGCUCUAUCCAGGCGCGGACUGGUCUCCUUCAUGAAUUCUUUCUUUUCCUUCAGUGCUGGUUUCUCCACAUUUUGCCUUCUUCCAAGAAAGGGAAGUGGAGGAGGAGGGAAUGACUUCUGGGCUCCUGACGGCCAGAUCCCUGGAACUGAUGACGUUCCAGGAUGUGGCCGUGGACUUCACCCAGGAGGAGUGGGGGCACCUGGAGCCGGCCCAGAAGGACCUGUACAGAGACGUGAUGCUGGAGAACUACCAGAACUUUGUCUCCCUUGGAGGUCUACCAGCCCCCAAGCCUCAUGUGAUCUCCCAGUUGGAGAGAGGAGAAGCGCCGUGGAUAGCCGAGAGAGAAGCCCUGCGAGGCCUUUGUCAAGAUUCUGUUAUUUGGAAAACCAGAUUUGAAAAAAAAGAGACAGCUUCGAAGGAGGGCAUUUCUAUGGAAGGAUCAUCCAAGGAGAGAUGUUCAAAGAGUGCCAUGUGGGAUUCCAGGUUACCAAACAAUUGGGAUUUUGGGGUCACUUUGGAAAGACAGAAUCAGGAGAGAUGGUCCCCACAAGUUUCAUUCAAUCACAGAAUAAUUUCUGAUAAGUUGAAUGUUACUGAACAUAAUAAUUCUGCCAGAAGCUUCAAGGUAGGGUCAAUUCUUGUUCCAAAACAGAAUGUUACUAUAAGAGAACAGCAGAGUCAGUCUGAUACCAUUGGCAAGAUCCUCAUACAGUCCUCAGAUGUUAUUAAGCAUAAUAAAAUUGCCUUAGGAAAGAAACUUUGUAAGUUUAAAUCCAAGAAGCCUCUCAAUUAUCAUUCAGACCUCUUUCAGUUUCGGAAAAUGCAUCCUGGAGAAAAACACCUUAAAUGUAGUCACUGUGGGAAAGCUUUUGGGAGCAGAUCAUGCCUCAUUGCACAUCAGAGAAUCCAUACUGGAGAAAAACCCUUUCAAUGUCCCGAAUGCGGAAAAGCCUACAGGCGUAAAGCGCAUCUUACUCAGCACCAAAGAAUCCAUACCGGAGAGAAGCCCUAUAAGUGUAAUGACUGUGGGAAAGCUUUCAGCAUUGAUUCAUACCUCAUUAAACACCAGAGAAUCCAUACUGGAGAGAAGCCCUAUAAAUGUAGUCAAUGUGGGAAAGUUUUUAGCCAGAAAGGUCACCUUAAUCAACAUCAGAGGAUUCAUACUGGAGAGAAACCCUAUGAAUGCAAUGAAUGUGGAAAAACCUUUGGUCAGUCUAGACAUCUUAGCGAACAUAAACGAACUCACAGUAAAGAGAAACCCUUUGAAUGUAAUGAAUGUGGGAAACUCUUUAGACAGCUGAGAAACCUUAGUGAACAUCAGCGAAUUCACACUGGAGAGAAACCGUAUAAAUGUAAUGAAUGUGGGAAGGCCUUUAGCAACAAUUAUGUCCUCAUUCAACAUGAAAGAAUUCAUACGGGAGAGAAACCAUAUUCAUGUAACGAAUGUGGGAAGGCCUUCAGUCGUGGGACAUACCUUAUGAAACAUAAGAGAAUUCACACCGGAGAAAUACCCUAUAAAUGUAAUGACUGUGGGAAAGAAUUCACUGACAAAGCAUCCUUUAUUUACCAUCAGAGAAUUCAUACGGGAGAGAAGCUCCAUAAGUGUAUUGAGUGUGGGAAAACUUUUAGCCAAAAAGGAAGUCUCAAAAUGCACAAGAUGAUUCAUACUGGAGAGAAACCAUUUGAGUGUCGUGAAUGUGGGAAAACUUUCAGAAACGGGGGUCACCUGAGUGUACAUAAAAGAAUUCAUACUGGAGAGAAACCUUUUGUAUGUAAUGAAUGUGGAAAAGCUUUCAGAGAUAGUGGAGGUCUUAGUGCUCAUCAGGAAAAACAUGGAGAAAAACGGUAUACGUGUACUGACUGUGGUAAAACCUUCAGAAAUAAGGGCUAUUUUCGUGUCCAUCAGAAAACUCAUACUCAGGAGAGACACUAUAAUUGUAAUGAAUGUGGGAAACACUUCAAUUUAAGAGGAUCUUUUAUUAUUCAUCAGAGAGUCCACACUGGAGAGAAGCCCUAUAAAUGUAACAUAUGUGGGAAGGCUUUCAGUUACAACACGUCCUACAGUAAACAUCUGAGAACUCAUACAGGAGAGAAGCCCUAUAAAUGCAAUGAAUGUGGAAAAGCUUUUACUCAGAGGGACUAUCUCAUUGAACAUGAGAGAAUUCACACUGGAGAGAAACCCUUCAAAUGUAAUGAAUGUGGAAGGGCCUUCAGGCAGAAGCAGACUUACAAUGCACAUAAAAAAAUUCAUAGUAGAGAGAAACCUUUUAAAUAUAAUUAAUGUGGGAAAGCUUUCAGCUCGGCAGACCAUGGUAGAGGGACACAGGUUGUUUUGUUUUGUUUUGUUUUUUAACCAGUGAGAAUCCCCAUAAAUACAAUAAAUUUGAUAAAUAAUCAUCAUAAAACACAGUGAAAUCUAAUAAUUCAGAAAAUGCACACUCAAGAAAAGCCUUGUGAACAUAAUGAACAUGGGCCAAACUUUAGGUUUUCAUUAGCUCAAAUUUUAUUUGUCAGGUAAUUAAUGCCAAUUAACUAUGAUUUUAAAUAAGAUUAAGUAAGAAAUCUUAUCACCUCAAGAGUUAGAAUGUUCUAUUUUGUCCAAGGUACAAUAUCUGGAGAUUUGAGAUAGAAAAGUGACUAUAGUUUAAAAAUAACUUUCAUGUCCCUUCCUGCUGGAAUAUACAUUUUAAAUCGGCAUUACCUAACACCUAGAUUGCACAUAUACCACAGGAGUUCCAGACCACAAUUUUAGAAAAGCCACAAAAACAUUAGCAAAAAGGAGAAACCUGGGUAGCUUAGAGCAAAGAACUAAAACAUGAGAGAGAAAUAACAUAAGAUGACUUUCCUGUCUAAAGCAGGAGGAUGCCUAAUGGUAAGGUACCUGUCUUCAUGUUUGUCUUAUGUAGCAAUUAAUUAUUUUGUGGCUCAAAUGGUCCACUUUACAUAUACUUUGCUGUCCUGGCCAGGAGCCUAAAACAGUCAUACAAAGUUAAAGCUGCGAGAUAACUUGCAGAUCUACCUCUAGUACUUAAAAGAUGGGUCUUGGAGAAUAAAAAGAGUAUUUUGGUUCUUCCUCCUGCUGCAAAGGAAAGUGAGGUUUCCAGCAAGCAAAGGUGAGACUGGCUGGUGGUGAGUGGCUGUCAGUUGACUCUACAGCAACCCCAAGUCCCUUCCCUGCAUGUGCACAUCUCAGUCUCACUUUUGAUAUGUUUGAAACAAUGUCCAGGUUUCUGGGAAAGGUGAGACUUGACAGAGAAGAUUCAGGUGCAGUUCCUGCGUGUGUUCUUUGUGUAAUCAAUUUGUUUUUGUGUUUCAUGCCACAUGAGACUGAUAAGAGAUCUGAAUUCACCUACAUGAGACCCAGAGAAGCCUCACAUUCCCAGAGUGAGCCCCGGGUGGGACAGGGAUCAAUGCUAUACAAACAUGCCUUCUUUCAGGAGUCCUGGGUCAGUACUUUGACCUGCUGGAUGGUCCCAUAGUUAAAGUAACAGAAUCUUCUUCGUCUUGAUCAGGGUAAAGAUUCUGUGAGUUAGCACUGGUAUACCCAGUUAUCAACUUGGAUCCUCUCAGAAAAUCCCGCUGUGGGAACCCUGACUAAAUAUGUCACUACUUACCUUUCAACAUCACAGUCCAUAGAAGGAGGAUCAUGUGUUCCAUCAUAAAUAUAUACCAGUGGACACUGGGAAAUCCUGGGCUGGAGUAGAAAGUUCCACUUGGGAGUAAAUGCCCAAAUGAUGUGAAUAUAAUUGGGUUAGGCAACCAAGGAGAGGAGCUCGCCCUUUCACACAGUGGACAGUGGUCUGUACCCAUUUUGUCAGCAUGUGUCCAAUUCGGCCCCAAAAGUGUUCGCUCAACAUUACUGAAAAUACCUGGCUGUCUCCCAGGCAGCCUAUUGAGGUCAUCAAUGUGGGGGAAGGGGUUAAAGAUCAGCUAGUCUAUUUAAUCUAGCUAAUCUACUUCCUUUCAAUCUAACUAAUAAAGAAGCUGUAUCUCCAACCCUUCCCUCCAUUCCUCUAAAUCACAUUUGUUACCCAAAAAACGAUAUGAGGGGAUAUAAGGACCAAGGACCUGUCUCCAGGCAGUGCUAUUAGCAUCAUUCUAGUCGAUAGACAAAGAAAUCAGAGUAUGUUCUCAUUCAGGUGUCUGGGAGACAGUCUGUGGGAAACUGAGGUUCACUAAAAGUUUCCCUUUGUCCCAAUGAGUUGAAUUUGGGCCAACUGCUACAAAUCAUUGACGCCAUGCCUUGUCUCACAGCUACCAGUAAUUUAGCUCAAGUUCUUGUCACCUCUUGUCUAGAUUAUUACAGUGAUGUCCUUACCAGUCUUGCUACCUGAAGGUUCUCCACACUGUACUCCGUCCUCCACACAGUUAGCAAAAUUAUUUUCCUUAAACACCAAUCUAUUCUUCUCAAAUUCCGGUGAUUUCCUUUUGCCUUAUAUAAAAUAAACUCUAAUUUUAAAAACUUUUUACAACCUGGCCCUGACCUGUCUAUCCAGCCUUGUUUUUCCUCCCAUUACCUGCAAUCCAGACAAAUUAGCCUCUCUGUACUUCACAUAUGACAUAACAUUCCAUUUUGUAUUUAUUUAUAUGUAUUCUCUUUCUAUUUGUUCCGUAUACAUAUGUGUACUUGUCUCAUUCGAAUGUGACCUUUUAAGAGUGGGCUUUGCUUCAUGCUUUGUAUUUAUCUGUAUUCCUACCUAGAACAGCUUCUGGUAGGUGGUAGAUGUAUAACUGCUUAUUGAUGGCUCUCCCAUUCUCUUCCAGGUCCUAGUCCAGAAAUAUGGUAUGGAGCAUUGGGCCAGUCUGAUCAGUUGGGCUGGGCAGAAGGACCAGGCCCUUUUUCUCUGUGGGUAUAACAUUUCUCCUCCCUGUCCUAUUGAGACACAGUGGGUGAGUGAUUCCGCCCCCACUCUGGCAAUUCAGGUGUCCCAUAUUUCUAAGUCCAACAUGAUCAUGACAGCAGAGCAGUAUGCUAUCUUACAGUGGGCCGUGGUUUAGAAUAAGAGACCAGAGCCUGAAUUAUUGGUCCUAACAUUGACUAGGUUUGUGAUCUUUAGAAAGUGAUUAAAUCCCUCCGAAGCUUAUAAAUGUUUCCUUCAUUUAUUCUCCAUAAAUUAUUGUAUGUUGGAUCUUAUUCUCACUAAAAGAGAAAAACUGGUUUCUGGAGUAGAAAUGAUGGGAAAUCCAGAAGGAAAUGAACACUCCUAGAGUUUGUGAUAGACUGUAGGAAAUCUUAGUUUAGUCUAGUCUGACAUGUACCCUAGAUUUCGACUGGAGAUUGGAAAAGGGAAAAUAGGCUCCUGGGAACUAAAUUGCAGCAGCAGUCAACUUCAGAAGGAUGGGACAUGUUCAAGAACAAAAUUCUAAAGACACAAAGGAAAAUGAUUUCAAUGAGAAAAAAAAUGAAAGACUAGUUGAUUUAAUUUUCUUAAAGACAGAUGUAAAGAAUAUUAUAACAUUAUCGAGUAUGAGAAUUAACAAAAAUCUAGGUCUACUGCAAAAUAUAUUUACAGGAAUGCUAAAAAUUCUGAAUGAGCUGUGGAUGAUCAUAGAAAUCAAGAACAAUCAAAAAAGUUCUUCUAAUUAUAUUAGAAGUCGAAGGAGGAUAAAAGCUUGGAUAUGUUUGUGAUAUGACAACGGACACCAUGACUGCUCCUCAUUUUCUAUUUUCUCAUCUAAAGAGAAUGAACUUUGCUUUGGAAAUGACACAAAUAACUACUCUGUUGGUACCUGAGAUGAGUAAGAAGAUAGAGUAGGAAGCACUUAGUUGCCUUUGACGAAUUCAGGCCUCCUGGCCCAGAUGACCUACAUCUAUGGGUCUCAUCUUGGCAGGUCGGAUUGCCGACUCCCUAACAUUGAACAGUCAUGGAAGAUGGAAGCAGUAGCACAAGAUUAGGGAAGGGCAGAUGCCCUGGUUUUCAAAAGGGAAGAGAUCAAUCUGCACCCUUAGGCCAGUGAAUUUGAUUGUGACUCCUAGGAAAAUCCUAGGUAGAUCGUUAAUGAAAGGUCUUUGGUGAUCUAAGAAGAGAAGUGAUUAUAAAGAUCUGGCAACAGGAGGGGCCAGGCUCAUCUCAUUUCCUUUUUUGGCAGGUUGUUAGUAGGUGGAGGUAACACUGAGGAUAUAAUUUACCUAGGUUUGUAGCGAAGUAUCUUGUACUCUUCUCUGGAAGAAGCUGAGACAAUGAGCUAGAUGAUCUGGGAGAUAGCAAGCAGACUUUGAUGGGUUAGAGACCCGGGCUGGGCUUAACAAGGGGAAUUUCAGCAGGAUAAAUGUAAAGUUGUUUGGUCCGCAGUGGUCUGUGAGCUCAGUGGGAGUCAGUGCCCAGAGGAAAGGCUUCAUUCCCUGGAUCAGGGAAGUCUGAGACCCAUCAGGUCUCCUCUGAGGCGCGUGUCCAGUUCUAGUUGGUACUGCGAAAGAGAGGACGUUAGUCAGCUUGGAGAGCGUUCAGAGGGGCAGCCAGGGUGGUGAAGGACAUUGGGUCGGUUCAUGGGGGUAUCUGGGGAAGGAAGGUGACCCCAGAGGAGAGAGGACUCCGAAAGGAAAUUAAAACUAGUCACUUGUUUCACUGUUUUAUGCUAGUUGCUUAAAGUCUUUUUUUUUUUUUUUAAUUCAGUAAGAUAUCAUUCUAGCAACAUUGGUAACUUUUUUUGUUUUUGGUCAGUAUUAUCUGCUUUCAAAAUCAAGCCGGCCUUUACCCUUAAACUGGGUAUCCCCCCUUCUCAUCUCCAUAGUUAGCCAGUCUUAUCUGUUGUUAGGAGUGCUUCCUCAUGAAGUAACCUACCUAUCCAUGCUUCUGUCAUUAUUAUUAUUAUUAUUAUUAUU